CCUCAGCCUUUCUCUUUCAGAUUCUCUCUAAAGAGAAUACGGUGUGUAAGGUUGUGCAGUAUUUUUUAUUUGUUUAUAACUCCGGAACAAACUAGAUUUCAAGAUGCCUCCGAAGAAAGGGGAAGAACCAAAGGCGCUUCCGCUCAUUGGGAGAUUCGGGACCUCUUUGAAGAUUGGAAUUGUUGGAUUGCCAAAUGUUGGGAAAUCAACAUUUUUCAAUGUCCUAACAAAGAGUCAGGCAUCUGCAGAAAACUUUCCCUUCUGUACUAUUGAUCCAAACGAGAGCAGAGUGCCUGUACCUGAUGAACGCUUCGAUUAUCUCUGUGAAUACCACAAACCAGCCAGCAAAGUCCCUGCAUUUCUUAACGUGGUGGAUAUUGCAGGACUUGUCAAGGGAGCCCAUGCAGGACAAGGCCUGGGGAAUGCUUUCCUGUCGCACAUCAGUGCCUGUGAUGCAAUUUUCCAUAUGACACGUGCUUUUGAAGAUGAAGACAUUAUCCAUGUGGAAGGGUCUGUCGAUCCUGUCCGAGACAUUGAAAUCAUCCACGAGGAACUAAGGCUAAAGGAUGAAGAGCUUAUCAUGCCAAUCAUAGACAAACUGGAGAAGGUGGCUGUAAGAGGAACUGACAAAAAAUUAAAACCAGAAUAUGACAUAAUGUGCAAAAUCAAGAACUGGGUAAUGGAUGAAAAGAAACAUGUCCGUUUUUGUCGGGACUGGAAUGAGAAGGAGAUUGACGUGUUGAACAAGCACUUGUUUUUGACUUCCAAGCCAAUGAUUUAUCUGGUCAACCUCUCCGAAAAAGACUACAUCAGAAAAAAGAACAAAUGGUUGGCAAAAAUUAAAGAGUGGGUGGACAAGCAUGACCCGGGAGCCUUGGUCAUCCCAUUUAGUGGUGGAGUGGAACUCAAGUUCCAAGACAUGAGUGACGAGGAGAAACAGAAGUAUUUCGAAGAGAACAAGACACAAAGCGUGUUAACUAAGAUCAUCAAGAGUGGAUAUGCAGCUCUCCUGCUGGAAUACUUCUUCACAGCCGGACCAGAUGAAGUGCGUGCAUGGACCAUAAGGAAAGGGACGAAGGCUCCUCAGGCUGCAGGCAAGAUCCACACAGAUUUCGAAAAGGGCUUCAUUAUGGCUGAAGUAAUGAAAUUCGAAGAUUUUAAAGAAGGCGGCACUGAGAGUGCUGUCAAGGCCGCUGGAAAAUACAGACAGCUGGGUAGAAACUACGUUGUUGAAGAUGGAGAUAUUAUCUUUUUUAAAUUUAACACACCGCAGCAGCCCAAGAAGAAGUGAUUUGAAAGCAUUUUGCAUAAUAAAUGAACUGUGCAGUCAAGGAAAAAGGUGUUUUAUUGUUUUAGAAAGAAUUAGCUGGAAACCCAUGAUUGAGACCUGCCAAGGUUCAGCAACUGUCCCAUUUCCCAGUCAUAUUAUCACAGACUGUUUGGCUUUUAUAAUACAGCUCCCUCUGAAGCACAAGCACUAAAUGUUGACAGCAUUGCUAUUUAAGAUUAGGGCUCCACUCUAAAUUGUAGAAGCAGGUUAGGAACCAUAUUACUCUCAUGAUACUUCAUUAAUCUCCAUCAUGUAAGCCAAACCUGACACAUUUGACAGCAGGGACAAUGCAACUUGCUCCUUUCUGAAUCUACAGAUAAUGCAUGUUUUACAGUACCCCAGAUGUCUACACUCAAUAAAACAUUUGACAAAACCA